AUGAUCCCAAAACCCCCGCCCCCCUUGGGCACGAAAGAAGACGAGAGCAAGCCGGGGAAGAAAUUAACGGGCCAGUGCCCCUCACGGAAAGGUGAAUCCAAGGGAUCCGAGAAUUCCUGGAAAACUCGCCGAUCCGGGACUCUCGCCUUGAGUGAUGCAUUUGCCGAUGCAAGCGUGCUUUUCCUGGGGACCACUAGAAAACUCAGGAAUGCCACAGAAGGAAUGUUCCAGUUCGCCGGCCUCUCGAACCAGACCGCAGGUGCCCUCCUCGAGUCGACCCUUCGAGCCACCUCCAACACGACGACGGAAGUCGCAUUCACGAUCGGGGAGUUCUUAGGGAAGCCUCGGGUGAGGGGACUGAUCUCGUCCCUGGCGGCAGGAGCCGCGGUGACGUCGUUCCACUGGAUCGUCCUCUAUUGGGACAGCGACAUCCCCGGCAGAAAUCCUCCGGCGCCAGUUUCGCCUGCAAAGAGCUGGAGGAAAAACGAGCUCCAGAAGGGAGGAGGAACCGGCCUCCACCUCAGCUACAUGGUUGGCCUUGCCCAUGGGAUCCUCACUUCUUGACGCAGGACGUCCCAGCCCGUUAACCUGUUCGAGGCCCCAAGUGCGAAACUCGCGACCGCUAGCGAUGCGCAACCCCAAACGGGCCAGAGUGCCGUAGCCGGCCGCAGCCCGUCGUCUCGGGACGAGAAUGUUCCCGCCGAAUCCCCGAGGGUCACGGGGUGGCUCGACGAUUCCUCGUUUGGUGGCUCGGUGGAGCCGAGUUGGCUCUCCGUCGGCCUCGUCCUUCCAAAGAAUUCCCGAGGUUUCGAUCGUCUUCGAGGCCCUCCCGCGUGA